AUGCAUCGCCGAAAAUCUCAGGUUUCUGUAGAGCUUCUGCAUGCCCCGCUCUCCAAACGCGACGAUAACAAGGUCCCCACAUCAAUUCGCGUUGACCGAAAACCGCCGAAAGCUCGACCGUCGCUUAUGAUGGUGAGCGUGGAGAUACCAGUCAAAGGGUCGUCUUCCUCCAAGUUGAAGAACAAGGUCCAAGACCAGAACGUGGAACCUACCCCAGAAAAUGAGGAUAGAACACUCAAGCGCAAAAGGAGUAUAUCAGAUCCAACAAAUAAUAGCAUCGUAGACACGAAAAAGAAAGGCCCUGAGCGAGGGCAGUCGAACAAGAAGACAUCUGUCCAAAAUAAGCCCGCUGAAGUUGUGGUGCCGCUUCCGCAGCCAAGGUGGAUAUCCAUCUCCACGGAUGUGUCAUACGAUGAGAUUAUGCAAAGGAUGCAGUUGAGGGAAUUCUUAGCCAGGUUCCAGCCGUUGACAAAGCUUGCUCAAGUCCAUCUGGAUACUUUGUCCCGGAUAUCUAUUCCGACACGUCAAUACAUCCCUAGAGUUACUCUAAAAGCUGUCCUUUUGGCGCUCGUGGAUCUAGUAGGAGCUGAUGCUCCGCCCAAGCUGCGGCAAGGAUGCCAGACUGCACUUCGGCACAUUCGGAAUGCUAAAGGAGACCUUGCCAUAACUUGGGACGCCCUUUCCGAGCUACGCGAGACUUGUUACUCUGAACUUCCUAAUCCGGAUCACCCACCUAUUACUGAUAGCGGCGUGGUGGAUGACGAAAUUGAAGAUGAGAAUGAAGACCAAGGCAGAGUUACCCGCCAAGCAUCACGACUUUCUCGAGCCUCUCAACCAUCCCCACCUCCCAAAGAUGAUUCGUUUAGCUAUCAAUUAGUUUGUGGAGGACAAUUCCUGCCAAUUUUGGUAUUUCUGGCCGAACUAGCUCUCCAAACACCCAGUGUGCGCGCCGAUGUAGAUUAUGGUAUGCGCAGCUUAUCUGUCGCAGCACAUAAAACGCAUACAACCAAGUUGGCCGAGGAAAAAUCUCGUUGGAACGACCAGCGCCAAAAUCCACCCGGUCCCAGGAAAAAGAAGCUGCUAAUGCGCAAGGUACACGCACACGGGGUUCACCGACCGCCGCAAAAAUCAAAUAUCAAAUCCAAGCGAAAGGCUGCUGAUGCCGAUCAUCAACGCAUACUGCGAAAGCUAUCGAUUUCAUACAAUUUAGAGCUCCGUGCGUGUGCUGGCAGGGGGACAUACCUUGGGUCAGAUCAAUCGGGAAGACAAUAUUUUGCUCUUGCACUGGCUCCCAAAUCGACACGCAACGAAAACCGAUGGGAUUAUUGGUCUACAUUUAUUUCUUGCUGGGGACCAGAGGCUGAUGGAAUGGACUGUCGCUGGUAUGGUUUCGACGACCCAUCCGAAAUCAGACUUUUGGCCAGCGUACUAGAGCAUGGGAUAGGGCGGGGCCCGAGUCUCGUAAAGGACAAAGAUCCUCUUAUCAAAUCACUGCUUAGUUAUGCAGAAUUCCUAGAUGAUCGUAUCACGAUCGAAGAUUAG